AUGGAGAGAAGGGAAGGGCACGAACGAGGGCGAUGCAAUGCAUCCAUCCAUCCAUCCAUCCAUGCACACAGCUCGACUGGCGGCGUUGGGCUGGGCCACACAACACGCUCUCACGCUCCUCAUGCCCUCACGCUUCCCGCGCGCCGCUUUUGGUGCACAGACACCACGCAUACAUACAUGAUACAUGGCAUGCAGCCGUACGGGAAGCGUGGGAGCCAGACUGUGCGCGCAAGUGACUCGAAAAAAGCGACGAGGGGUGCGCGCGGUUGUCUGGUUGCAAGUGGUCGGGAGCAGCAGAUGGAUGAGUUGGCAGUGCAUUGCAUUGGCAUCGUGCCUCAAACCCCAUCCGGGACGCAAUCGCAUCCACCGGCCAAUCCAUGUCCACCACGAAACCGCCCCAGCCCUCGCCCAAUCUGCGUCGUCCACGCCAUGCGGCAGCAACGAGAUGGAUGCCAGCUCACGCACAAGGGCCCAAUCAGGCGCCGCGCCCGACACCUCCAUGCGUCCCAACGGCUCCCCUUUGCCUUUGCCUCCCAGCCCGUCCAGCAUCUCCCAGCAAGCACCGGCAGUAGCACCAAAAGGCAUGUCCGUCCAACCGCCUCUCGCAUCGCCAUCCGCGCGCGCUCCCUUGUCUUGCCUUGUCUUGCUCUCUCCGUCUCCGUUUCUGCUUCUCUUCCUUGGCCCCCGAGCGCCCCGAUCAAUCACGACAAAACCCGCCCUCUCGGCCAAUGGCCCAGGCAGUUCGUUCGUCUUCCGUCAUGCGCCGCGUCGCCUGACAUGCAACAACCGCGAGCAAGUGUGUCGUGA